UGUGAAAUGUGAGUUAUGAAAACUGGGUGCAGUCCAAAGUUUUUCUUCCAAUAAUUCUGUGCACUUCUGCAUAACAACUGAUAACACCCGAUUUCCCAUGUUACUCAAAUAAUUUUGUGUGAAGUUUAAAGUUCCUAUCUGACCGUGCGACUGACUGAACUCUUCCACACAGUGCGAUACACCUGUACUUUUCCUCAGUUGCAAUAAUUACAAGAGCAGCCUGCAUAGGGAGAAGGUAUCCCUCAAGGACAAGACCGCAAAUCUACUUCCUUAAGUCUAGUCUUUUUUAUGAUAAAGCAUAGGCUAGUCCUCUAUGGAAUCAGCAUGGCAGAGAGUGGAAUCCAUGCACCGCUGGAUUCUGGAGAAUGGGGAUACGCGGACGGACCCAUGGCUUCUAAUCUACUCUCCUGUACCAAUCAUCUGUAUGUUUUUGUGCUAUCUUGGUAUUAUUUGGAUUGGACCCAAGCUUAUGAAACACACGGAACCAGUGAACCUAAAAGCAGUGCUUAUUGUAUACAACUUUGCCAUGGUCGGUUUGUCGAUUUACAUGUUCCAUGAGUUCUUGGUCACAUCUUGGCUGGCAGACUACAGUUAUCUGUGUCAACCUGUGGACUACAGCCCCAGUAUUCUAGGAAUGAUGAUGGCCAGUGUAUGCUGGUGGUUCUUCUUCUCUAAAGUUAUUGAGCUUAGUGAUACAGUCUUUUUUAUCCUAAGAAAAAAGAACAGCCAGCUCACUUUUCUACAUGUGUAUCAUCAUGGAACUAUGAUCUUCAACUGGUGGGCAGGAGUUAAAUUUGUGGCGGGAGGUCAAUCAUUUUUUAUCGGGCUGCUGAACACCUUUGUUCAUAUAGUGAUGUAUUCAUACUAUGGCCUGGCGGCCCUGGGGCCUCACAUGCAGAAAUAUCUUUGGUGGAAGCGCUACCUCACCUCAUUACAGCUGGUCCAGUUUGUCUUGCUGACUAUCCACACUGGUUACAACCUCUUCACCGAGUGUGAUUUUCCUGAUUCCAUGAAUGCAGUUGUGUUUGCAUAUUGCGUCAGCCUCAUUAUACUCUUCAGCAACUUUUACUACCAGAGCUACAUAACCAGGAAGAGCAAGAUAUCUUAACAUUGGUCCACAUGAGCAGAGGCCUCACCCGUCCUUUGAUAGACUAAUUUGUCCAUUGCUGUUCUCACUGCAGUCAUUCCUCAGUUAAAUUAAGUCUUCGGGACUGAAAAUUUGGUGAAACCACUGACCUCAUAUCUAAUUUGGGUUGUAAAUGACUUAUCCAAUAAAGAUGGGACAUGUCUUAUUGCAUUUUGGAACCUCAACCAAAAUAAUUUGAAAUGUAAAUAAAGUGUAAUUUCAUUUUAGAUAACUUUAAGAUGGAACCUUGUGUAAAAACAGCUUUGUACUGUCUUAUAAAUUGUCUUUAUUAACAAAAGUGAAGUGCACUAGAUGGCGCUAUUUACGUAUCUUGACUGCAGCUGCCUCAGACGAUGUUC